UCAAAAUAUACUUAACAAAAGUAAAAGUACUCAUUUUGCAGAAUGUCUUAUUUUUGAAUUUAUUGUACAGAAACAACCUGCCGACUGUCGUACCAAAUUUGGGAUCAACCAGGGCUUGCAUUAUGAAAUAGCAUGAGUUCAGGUGUACCAUCUCCUAUUCAGCCUGACUUCGUGUUCAUUUUAUUUAUGGGCUGGGUCACAAUGUCUUUAACCACUUUUGCAGUAAAAUAUUUUAAAUAAGAAUCCAUUUCACAGAUGGGAGACCUAAAAGAAUAUUGUGCUUUUUUCUGCCUCAGUGAGGCUAUCUCAAGAGCUAAAGCACUUUUAGGUGUCUUCCCUCUAGCUUUAAUAUACCAUUAGUUUAAUUGCACUUUCCAUAUACAGUGUGUUUUAACAGCGUAAUUUGAAUAUAAAUGAAAUUAUUUAUACAUCUAAACUUUGUUUGAAUGACUAGUAGGAUUAGGGUGGUAAAAAAGUGCAAAGUAACAUAUAAUAAAUUAGAGUAAGUCAACGGUCAUGGCGAUUAAAAUACAAAAGUAGUUUUUUAUGACUAGUAGGAUUAGGGUGGUAAAAAAGUGCAAAGUAACAUAUAAUAAAUUAGAGUAAGUCAACGGUCAUGGCGAUUAAAAUACAAAAGUAGUAUCAAGAUAACAAAUUUUAAAAGUUGCAGAUGUACAUUUUAAAGCUGUGUAUUUGUAACUGUCUCACAGCAAUAUGAUGCCAUUCUGCAUAAACAUGAGUGCAAACUAAAAAAGAGAAGUCAGAAGUCUAUCUAGAGGUUCACUUGUGCACAACAGAUGCUGCUGCUGGUGUUUGAAUGAUUUAUGCCCCAAUGCAACAAAUUCUCAAAUAGUAGAUAACUGCAGGCUGUGUGCAGCCACUGACAUAACACAGACGGCUCAGCUGAUUUGGUUUAGUUGUUAGCAACUGUGCUAAUCUCAAUGACUCAAGCUGCCCAUGUCUCAGUGGAAAAAUACAGCAGGGAAGUGGUAUACCUUGGACCUUUGUCAGAGCCAAACACUUUUUCAAGUGGGACGGCAUGGUGUGCAGACCAAUCCGACAAUAAUUAGGUCAUAGAGGAGCCAAAGGAAACCAUAGCCACUUUGUUUCUCACUCUGGCUCUGCUCAUGACAUGUUUGCGUAAAGAUCCUGCGGUGCAACCGGCUGAGAGGAAUACUGAUCAGUUUGCUGUUGCUGUAAGCAACUCUUGGGGGAGGGGGCUCUGUGAUGGAGGGAGAAUUCCUGAAAGGAAACAGCCUUGAGAUGCCCGCUCAGGAUAGCAGUCUGGCGAAGAAGACUCAACUGUUGGACCGAGGCCAGUGGGCGAGCAAGUUGGAAUUUCUGCUGGCUGUGGCAGGGACUCUGGUUGGGCUGGGAAACCUCUGGAGGUUCCCCUAUUUGUGCUACAAAAAUGGAGGAGGGGCAUUUCUGGUUCCCUACGUCUUGUUUCUGCUCGCUUGUGGUAUCCCAAUGUUCCUCCUGGAGACGGCCAUGGGACAGUUCACAUCUCAAGGAUGUAUCACCUGCUGGAGGCACUUCUGCCCCUUGUUUGAAGGUAUUGGUUAUGCCACCCAGGUUGUGAUUGCAUAUGCUGCUGUGUCAUACAUUGUCAUCCAGGCAUGGGCUUUCUUCUACCUCUUCUCGUCCUUCAGCGCUGAAGUCCCAUGGGCCAGCUGCAGGAACACCUGGAACACAGAGUCUUGUGUUGAAUUUGAUAAAACAAACACAUCAUCAAAUUGGACAGCAAACGCAACAACACCUGCAACAGAAUUCUGGGAGAGACGAGUGCUCGGUAUAUCUGAGGGGAUUGAGCAGAUUGGUAGCUUGAGGUGGGAGUUGGCUUUGUGUCUCUUACUGGCGUGGAUCCUGUGUUACUUCUGUGUUUGGAAAGGCGUGCGAUCCACUGGAAAGGUCGUUUACUUUACAGCCACUUUCCCCUAUGUGAUGAUGGUGGUUCUGUUAGCUCGUGGCCUCUCUUUACCAGGAGCUAUGGAUGGCAUAGUGUACUACCUGUAUCCUGACCCGACAAGGUUGGUGGACCCUCAAGUCUGGAUGGAUGCAGGAGCACAAGUGCUUUUCUCUUUUGGGAUUUGUCAGGGGAGUUUGACAGCUCUGGGCAGUUACAAUCAGUAUAACAAUGACUGUUACAAGGACACAUUUGUUUUGUGUUUGGUGAAUGGCGGAUCAAGCUUUGUGGCGGGGUUUGCAAUUUUUUCAGUUUUGGGCUUUAUGUCCUAUGAACAAGGACUGCCAAUAUCUGAAGUGGCUGCUUCUGGGCCUGGCUUGGCAUUUAUUGCCUAUCCACGUGCAGUAGCCAUGAUGCCUUUACCUCAGUUAUGGGCUAUAUGUUUCUUCAUCAUGGUCAUCUUAUUGGGUGCUGACACACAGUUUGUGAGUCUGGAGUGCCUGAUGACCUCAGUGACAGACAUGUUCCCCACCGUGUUUCGAAGAGCGUAUCGUCGAGAAUUGCUGCUGCUUUGUCUCUGCUCGGUUUGUUUCUUUCUCGGGCUCCUUCUUGUCACAGAGGGCGGCUUGUAUUUCCUUCAGCUCUUUGAUCAUUACGUGUGCAGUGGCAACAAUCUUCUCCUUCUCUCAGUGUUUCAGUCAAUAGCAGUCGGAUGGAUAUAUGGUGCAGAUCGUCUCUAUGACAACAUUGAAGACAUGAUAGGGUAUCGUCCGUGGCCGAUAAUGAAGUAUUGCUGGCUUUACGUUACCCCCGCUGUUUGCAUGGGUACCUUCAUCUUUUCAGUAGUGAAAUACAAGCCUCUGAAGUUCAACAAAACGUACAUCUACCCGACGUGGGCUUAUGCUUUGGGCUGGUUCCUCGGACUGUUCUGUGUUCUCCUGGUUCCUCUGUGGAUCGCCUUUAAAGUCAGUCAGAUGAAAGGGACGCUAUGGCAGAACAUCAGGCAGCUUUGCCGCCCUGAAAUCAAGACGCACGGCACAGCGAAGCAACCUGAGCAGUGCCCUUUGAACCCAGACAACACUCUUACUCCUGCUGCCAAUGAAUACAAAGCAAGUGGUGGAGCUGAGAUGGAGAUGCAAGUAUAAGAAACUGAACAAUUCUGAUAAUGUUUUAAAUGUGAUAUUUUGAUUUUAAGCUCCAGGUUUUACAUGCUACGCAUUUUUAAGAAAUUAUGAUGAAAAACAAAUUCUGAAGGCUUCUAGCUCUGCUGUGUUACCAUACCAGGUCUGCAACCUGCACAAGAAGCAUUAAGUCUUGUGUCACCUUAAAUGUCUGUAGACCUACAUUGUAAUGUAUAGCAUGGAGAAGUUUUUAAAAGCUAUGUUCAGUUAAAGCAAACCUUUAAUGUGUCUGAUUUAGUCGUCGUUUUCAUGUUUUAGUAUGCCAUAGAGGUCAGAAGUUGUAAACCUUGAUUGUCACUGCCCACGAACAUGCACUGUCACAAGGCAAUCCCACCCCUCAACAAAUGACAAAAAAAAACAAAAAAACAACAACAACAAACCCAAACACGCACACUCACGUAAACACAUUUGAAAUGGGGUGCCUUAUAUAUUAUAUUAUUAUCUGUAUUAUCUGGCUCUAUAAGCUAUCUAUGUGCGAUCUAUGAUUAUCACUGCCCACUAACAUGCACUGUCGCCACAUAUUUUCUGGCGAUCCCACCCCCCGACAACUGAUGACAUAAAACAAACUUGCCUUACAUAUUAGCCUAUAUUAUUAUCUGUAUCAUCGGGCUUUAGAUAUCUAUAUUUUUUUUUCAUUUAUAAUCUACCACUAAUUAGAAUUCAGUGGGGACCAUAAGCCUGCGUCUGCCACUAAGAAACACACUGCUUCAGUCUGCGUUUUGCUUUAGAGUGUAAGCCCGCCACACUCAUCACAUCUCACUGAACCAUGUCUUUUAUUUACACUUCACGGUUUAUCAUAUGGAGAAAUGUUUGAGUGGAUUCAUUGUGCAGAUUGUCUCCUUAAAUUAACACAGCAGGCUUAAGAGUGGUGAUACUGUUUUUGCAACCUCUAAGUUCUGAUAAGGCACUGACAUUGUUGCUUCAUGAUGAAUGACUGCUCUGCUUAGUAAUGUGACUGCCAAGUUUAAAUGUAUGGAGAAGCAAAGUGAGACUAAUGCAAUUUCCAGGGUUCCAGAAGUAAAAGGUUUCUACAGAGAAAAUGUUAAGUGACUGCCCCCCCCCCCCCCCCCCCCCCCCCUUCAUCUCAGUAGGCAUGAGACUCUCCUAUUUGAAUUAGUGCAGAAAUCCAGUUUAAACAGUAAAGCUUAAAAGGUCAAAAGGUCAUGAAAAGGUUUUUCAUGAAAAAAUCUGAAGAAAAGUCUACUACAACUCCAGGGGAACCUUGCAGGAAGAAACAGCCACCAUUGGAUGAAUUAGAGAACUGGAUAUGGCACCACCAUUUUUUCCAGUGGCCUCUCGCGGAUUUGGAGCAAAAUAAUUGCCUGUGGCCCAAAAACUAUUUCCCCCACGGACCACCAUUGUAAAUGGGACACUUUGAACUGAAAACAACUCGAUCAUGACUCUUUCUAUUAUGAAUUUUUGGUCCAUGGACGUAUUAUAUUUAUAUAAAGAAAAGCAAUUUAAAAAUCUGUGACGUCAUUACAAUGUAAAGUGGAGGAGAAACACUACGGCACAUAUUCAGUGGGCCACACACCUGUGGAAGUAAACCCAGAAGCUAGAAAGUUUUUUGGCUUACAUGCCAUGGAUGUGUAAAGAGAACAGGAUACAGCGUUGAAGGCUGAGCCCUGUUCAUUCUUAUGAAAGUUGCUCAAUGGCGCAUGAAGCUAAAAACGUGCCAGUGCCGUGUAUAUAAUAACUCAGAUGAGAUGAUGCGGGCGCUACUUCAAGUUUAGCGCUCUGCUAACUUGAAUGAGGAUGUAAUGUUUCAAUCAUGCAGCUAUUUUAAUCCCUCCAAAUGUUACCAGACCAAAUGUGAUCAAAUUGUGAAACAAGUCAUUUUGUGGGGGUUGUGAUGCUCAGAAAAGACGUCCACUGAUUUACAGAUGUCUCUUUUGCCAUGACAAUCUGGAAAAAGUCUUUUUGGGCCUCAUGGCCACUAUGAAAACUGGCUUCAAAGCCCGGCACACUUCCUGGAGGCCUUCUAUGAGCAAAGCCAGCAAUUCCCUUUGGACUGAGCUAGUGUCAUCUUGGAGUCUAGUAUCCAGAUCUAAUAAUACGUCCAUGAGCACAAAAUUCUGUUGCUAGUGACGCUAAUAGCGAUUUAACCCACUUCUUUUUCCAACACAUCCUCACUCAGAUUUUGUCACAUAUUGACGUUUGGUCAUGGACCUUCCACGUCCAGAUACGAUGUUAAAGGUACCCUGGGUGCGUUGGUUGUUGACGUUCUGGGACACCGUGUCAAGUUCUGCCUGUUACAUGCAUUGUCUUCUUUCAAAAUACACUUCCAUUUUCACAGGAAAAUACUGCGUUCAAAAUAAACGCACUACGUCGGUACAACAACACGAAUUGAUGUUUUUUUUCCUGCAACAACUAACACACGUGGUUGGGUUUAGGCAACAAAAGCACGUGGUUGGGUUUAGGCUAAAAUAACAGGGUUUGACUUUAGAAUCUACAGGACAUGGACACCGCGCUCCUGGGUAAAAGCCGCGCAUUAACUUUCGCUCUUGUCCCGCUGCGUUUCCCCCUGACGCCACCCAGUGCCGUUAACCUGCGGCAAUCGUCCAUGUAUCAUGCCAAUGACGGCUUUUUCGUCAGUGUCUGAUGCCACAAGUCACUGCCCAAGCGCUGGAUUUGGACGACUUCAGAGUGAGACCGGGUUGCUCUUUCAGAUUUUGGAUAAAUUCAGCUACAUAAUCGCUCAGUUGCCGUUGAAGUGUUCAAGUGCUCAACAUUAACGUAGUUACGUCGUAAUUGACUGAUGAUUGACUAAGGCUUCACCGUGUCAUUGGAGCACUGAAAAAAGUUAAGGCCUGCUCGACUUUAAUUUGUAGUGCGUCCCGCCAGUCUGCAGCCGCAAGUCUGAGGCGUCAGUUUGUAGCUUCAUGUCAGCGGCUUUCAGUGAAAAUGACUUGUAACCUGUUGUUGUAUCUCUUGUAGUGUGAACACAGCAUUACACUUUGUUUCAACCCCCUGUCUGGAUUCUUUUCCAUAGCAACAGCUGCUGAGGCUCAUGGGCACUUUAGUACUUGGAACAACUGCCCUUUCAACCUAACAGAAGACAAAUCUCAUAAAUGAAGUUGAAGUGUUUACAGCCAUUGGCCAUAACUCUUUAGUAUCAUCACAUUCUCAGACCACAGAGUUUCUGUGAUGAAGACCGAUGAAUUUAUCAUCAAAAAAACAACAACUUCAAAUCACAAUUUCAAAAUGGGGAAAUAUCUCUAGAGCCUGCAGCUCUGCCUACAGGAAAUAUACCACUUGUAUCAUUGGAGUCUCCAGUUGAUGUUGUGCAAACAAGAUAUUCAACUACAUUUCAACAUCAUACACGCACAAGUUUUGGUAGUCGAUUCAGACCUUUGGACUCCACUGUACCUGUUUUAGUACUUAAAGCAGAGAUGGUUGAAGGAACAGCUUCAGGCAUCAAGCAACAUUUUAGCAAUUGCUGUGUAUGGAAAAACCAGCAUAUUAGACAGUUGGGCUACAACGUGAAGAUAUAACUGUGCAAAGUGGAACUUUUUUGUCUCAAACGCUGUAGCCAUCCCUUUAACCAUCUCUGCUUACAGUCCCUAAUGAUGUUGAGAUCUGUGACAGCUGAUUACUGAAAAUUUUAAAUAAUGUGUGUUAUGUCAAUGUAAGAAAUGAAGUUUAAAAUUUUGUAACCAUGUUUUACCCUGAUCAGUGAAAUAAAUGCAAUAGAUGCACUUGCAAGCUGGUUUCCAUGGAGAGUUGGGCAUGUCCCCUGGCCAAGGUCACAUGAUGUCACGAUGUCAUGAGUUUAGGUAGCAAUAGAAAUUAUUUUUGCCUUUUUUUGCUUAUCAUUUUGAAGUAAAUGUUGAUUGCACUGUGUAAUGGCUAUACAAUAAUGACACCAUGUGCAUUUAAACUGGUUUCUUACAAGCCUUGCUUUCACUGUGCAACUCUGCCAUUGAGUACCAUCUCCCUGGAAAAUGAAGGGUCGAUGUACGGCACAAAGGAAGUGCGUCCAUACCACUACCAACCCGGUAACUAUCCCCAGUUACCAAAGAGUAUCAGUGUAUGUUAAAGAGCCCACAACACAAGUAUGUCUGUCUAUUGCAUUACAGUGUUUUUUUUUAACUUCAUUUUUUUAUAGUAACUUAUGUUUUCUCACCUAAGUGAUGUCAUUGUGCCAUUGACAACAUGAGGUUUGGUUUCAGUGUCGUUUGUUUUGGUUGAUAUAAAGACGAUGGGUUAUUUUUACUCUCACACCAUUC